AGUAAUCACCGGACAAUAAUUAGUAGCAGAGAGCGAUGAGAAAAAGUUGAAAGAGAAAUGGCGUCGAAUGCAGCUGCGCCAUUUUGGAGAUCGGCGGGGAUGACUUACAUAACAUACUCAAAUCUGUGCGCCAAUCUGGUAAGGAAUUGCCUUAAGGAACCUUACAAGUCCGAAGCCCUCACUCGGGAAAAGGUCCACUACACUAUCAGCAAAUGGGCUGAUGGCAAGCCUCAGAAACCUACCAUCCGCUCAGACACUCCGGAAGAUUGAAAAUAAGGUUGAAUGUCAGGCAUUGUUUCUUCUCGAUGUCUUUGUACUGCGUCAGCACUAUACAGAGUGCAUGUCUGCUGGAGGUUGAUUUGGGACCUUUUUAUCUUUCAAUAAUAUAGCCAAUAGAAUUUGAUCUUUUCUGUUGGAUGCAGAUCAGAUGAUAUAGUUUUUCUUGUGUUAUGUUGAAUCUUUAAUAGUUUUGAAAUCCAAGUGAAUUGAUGAUCACGAGUUGGCAUUAA